UCAAUCCCAGGACCCUGAGAUCAAGGCAGAUGCUUAACCACUGAGCCAUCAGGGUGGGUUUCUGAACCUGAGGAGCUUGUGUGCUUUCUCCGGUGAGGCUGAACAUGACCUCAGGCAUGUGCUUUUACCUCCUGGGCCUCAGUUUCCUCUUCGGAAGUGGAAGAUGUCAGUGUUCCCCACCUGUGUGUGUUGUGAGGCUGUUGUGAGCCUGGUGACAGGCUGACUAGCGGACACGGGGGGGGGGGGGUGCUUCCCUUCGUGGCCUGUCUUCUGUCCCAUGGCCAGGGUGGCUCCCUACCCUCAUGUUCCUGUCUCCACCAGGGGCUGAUCCAAAAGAGAUGCCCCUCUGUGUCCAGGGCUUUCAGUGCUGCUGGCUUAUCUCGGGCCCAGGGAUUGGGGAACAGAUGCUCAGGGCUCCUGUUGGGGCCAGCUGGGGCCUGUACAGAAUAUGGCCCAGGCCCAGCCCAAACCUAGCCAGUGCGGUGGUGGUGGGGUUUCAGCUCUGUGUGGAGCUCUGAGCCUCAGUAGAGCUCUGGGCAGGAGAGCCCUUGGAGGCACCGGGAGGACGCCCUGCUUUUUGCUCUGAUGUUCGCAGUGGGGCUUCAAGGCACUUGCUGUCUUCCCCUCCCUCCCCCACCGGAUCCUCUCCAGCCCAGCCGGCACAGCUGCCCUGGCCGGAUCAGGCCAGUCCCCUGGCCGCCAAGCAACGGAGGAAGGAAUGUGUGUGUUGAGGGGAGGUGGAAUGGACCCCUUUAGGAAAAGGGACUGUCCCCAGACUGAGACCUGGGCAGGGUGGAGCCUCCUAAAAGCCAGGGGCCUCAGCUCCACUGGGGGAGCUGAUACCCCAGCCUGAGAAGUUACCUAGGAAGGGUGGAGGGCAAGGGAAGGGUGGGGAAAGACGAAAGGAAGGGCCUGUUUGUGCCCCCUUCGGCCAGCUCCACAGCUGUUUCUAAUUGUUCAGGUCACACGUGGAGAGAAGCCCCUCACCGCCCCCCCCACACACACUCUCCGCAUCUAGCCUGGGGACUGGGUAGAACCACUGGGUCGUCUUGCUAGUGUAGUACUGGAGUGUUUGUGUGUGGUGUGUGUGUGUGUCCCAGAGGGUGCUCAGCGCCGUGAGGGUGACCUUGUCCGUGACUGUGUGCUGUUGGAUGUGACCAUCCGUGCUCUGUCCUCUAACAUAGGAGCUAUUGCGCUGCUCACUGACUGGACUGCGGUAUGGAGGAGGGAGAAGCCGCUGCAUGUGCCCUGUUGAAACUUCAUGGCCACAGUGCCAGGCCCUGCCGCCAUUGCCAUGGGCAGCGUGGGCAGCCUGUUGGAACGGCAGGACUUCUCCCCCGAAGAGCUACGAGCAGCACUCGCCGGGUCCCGGACCUCCCGCCAGCCUGAUGGGCUCCUCCGGAAGGGCUUGGGCCAGCGUGAGCUCUUCAGCUACCUGCACCUCCCCAAGAAGGACGGCAAGAACACCAAGAGAGCCCCUCGGAACGAGCCUGCUGACUACACCACUCUCUACUACCGAGAACAUCCUCGGGCUGGCGACUUCAGCAAGACUUCGCUGCCUGAGCGGGGUCGCUUCGACAAGUGCCGCAUCCGCCCAUCGGUGUUCAAGCCCGUGGCGGGCGCCGGGAAGGGCUUCCUGUCCAUGCAGAGCCUGGCGGCCCACAAGGGCCAGAAGAUGUGGCGCAGCAAUGGCAGCCUGCACACGCUGGCCUGCCACCCCCCGCUGAGCCCAGGGCCCCGGGCCAGCCAGGCCCAGGCCCGUGCCCAGCUGCUACACGCCCUCAGCCUGGACGAGGGCAGCCCCGAGCCCGAGCCCAGCCUGUCUGACUCCUCCAGCGGGGGCAGCUUUGGCCGCAGUCCUGGCACUGGCCCUGGCCCCUUCAGCUCCUCGUUGGGCCACAUUAACCACCUGGGGGGCUCCCUGGACCGGGCCUCACGGGUCCCCAAGGAGGCUGGGCCGCUGGCUAUGCUGAGCUGCCUGCCUGAGCCGCCACCGCCCUAUGAGUUCUCCUGCCCCACCCCAGAGGAGGUGGUAUCUGUCCUGCCAGACACCUGUGAGGAUCUCAAGAGGGGCCUUGGUGAUGAGGACGGCGCCAACCCCUUCUCACAGGUGCUGGAGGAACGCCAGCGGCUGUGGCUGGCGGAGCUGAAGCGCCUGUACGUGGAGCGGCUACACGAGGUAGCUCAGAAGGCAGAGCGCAGUGAGCGCAACCUCCAGCUCCAACUCUUCAUGGCCCAGCAGGAGCAGCGGCGUCUGCGCAAAGAGCUCCGGGCGCAGCAGGGCCUAGGCCCGGAGCCACGGCCCCCCAGCGCCCUUCCGGAGGCCGACCCUGGCGCCCGACCGGAGGAGGAGGCCCGAUGGGAGGUGUGCCAGAAGACCGCGGAGAUCAGCCUCCUGAAGCAGCAGCUGCGGGAGGCGCAGGCGGAGCUGGCGCAGAAGCUGGCCGAGAUCUUCAGCCUGAAGACGCAGCUGCGGGGCAGCCGGGCUCAGGCGCAGGCGCAGGACGCGGAGCUGGCCCAGCUGCGGGAGGCGGUGCGGAGCCUACAGGAGCAGGGCCCGCGGGAGGAGGCCCAGGGCAGCUGUGAGACGGACGAUUGCAAAAGCCGGGGGCUGCUGGCCGAAGCUGGGGGCAGCGAGGGCGGAGGGGCCGGAGUGGGCACUGAGCAGCUGCGGGCCCAGCUGGUGCAGGAGCGGCUGCGCGCCCAGGAGCAGGCACUGUGCUUCGAGCGGGAGCGGCGGACGUGGCAGGAGGAGAAGGAGCGGGUGCUACGCUACCAGCGGGAGAUCCAGGGAGGCUACCUGGACAUGUACCGUCGCAACCAGGCGCUGGAACAGGAGCUGCGGGCGCUGCGGGAGCCGCCGGCACCCUGGAGUCCCCGCCUGGAGUCCUCCAAGAUCUGAGGCCAGUGGAUGAGCGGGUGGCAGAAGCACCGCCAGAAAAUGGUUUGGACAAGCCUGCCCUGAGACGGCUGGCUCCUUCCUUACACUGGCCGGAGGCAGAACCUGCUGAGGCUGGCCAGGGGUGAGGAGGCCCACCAAGAGGAGGGCUCCAGUGGUGCUGUAGGCCGGAUAGGCGGCCUGCAGCAGGAGCCAGGGGGGCAAGGCUUCCCGGCAGAGGAGCACCUCGGCAGGGCCCCCGCCCUGUUCCUGGAGUAGAUGUGGCCCAGAGGAGGAGGUAGGGGAAUGAAGAGCCCCAUGACGCAGAAGGGCAGGCGUGAAGGAGGGAGGCCGGGAUGGGAACAUGGGCCUCCCCCAGAAUAAAACCACAUUUUCUACAA